AUGCUGGUUGCCCAUGGCUUCCUCAUGUCUCUUGCUUUCGUCAUCUUCUUCCCUUUCUUUGCCAUAAUCGUCUCUAUCCCGAGUAUUCCAAUAUCCGUGACCAAGGUUCACGCCCCUCUGCAGCUAUCCACCCUCGCCAUGGUUAUUGCAGGCCUGGGACUGGGAAUCAAACUAGGACUCAGCGGCGAUCUGAUGAAAAAUGCACACCCGAUUAUUGGCCUCGUGGUUGUGGGGCUCCUGCGCUGGGUCUACUACAGCACCUACAUUUCAAGCGAACAGGAGGCAAAGGCAUCUUUUCCCACAUGCACCGCUGGCUAG